GCAGGACAAGCAACCCGGAAGGAGGAGAGCUUUAUCGAAUUGAAUGAGCCGUGUCUUGGCGAAUUGUUACCGUUGAGUAUUACUGCUUUAUUUUAACUUGUCUUCUUGAAAAUCUGUGCGCUGACUUCGGAAACGCGAUUGUCUUGAGAGAUUAUAAGGCGUAGGAUAUUCGAAAUUUUGUUGUACUGUUGCCUUGUUAAUUUCGACGUGCUGCCUUAUGCGCUGUAAAAUCGUAACUCUGCCAGGAUUGUAUUUUAUGUAAUGAAAAUAAAGCGAAGAGUGCGACCGAAAUUGAUUUUAAAGUUGUUUUUUUUUUAAUUAUUUUACAAUUAUGGAUAUUAUGAUGUUUCUUCAUAGAACGCUCGAUUGACAACGUACGGCUGAUGAUGUGUAGGUUCAGUAAAAUGCAGCUUAAUUGACGGUCGUUUUUGUGCAGUUAGAUAAUGUUUUUUCAAAUUAAUAAUACACCCAAAGCUGUCAGAUAAAUCACGGAAGUCUACUAUUGUCUAUGUGAUCUUCAUUGUGCAUUUAUUUACUGCAGAUUAUUAGAAUAUCAAUUAUUAUUAUCAGAAUAUUAAUAGACUAUGAGAUUUUGUAUAUGUUUAGUUUAUUUCAGAAUUAUUGCAAUAAUUAAAUAUAUGGCACUGAACUGCAUACAAAGCACUUUUGAGAACAGGACACUUUUGUUGGUAUACAAAGAUUAAUUUUUGGAAUGGCAGGAACUCUGACCAGUUGGAUAUAAUCCACAGUAUGGGUAAGAAGAAGGAAAAAUGUCGGAAGAAAACCCUCUUCCAAAAAACGUUGGAUGGGACCACACCCACUUUAAACAAUUGCAUCUCUCAGAAGCACAAAAUAUGCAUGGUUUCCGAUUUCUUCUACCCAAAUAUGGGAGGAGUAGAAAGCCAUAUUUACCAGUUGUCCCAGUGCUUGAUUGAACGAGGACACAAAGUCAUCAUUGUUACCCAUGCUUACGGAAACAGGAAAGGCAUUCGCUACCUCACAAAAGGCCUCAAAGUUUACUAUUUGCCUCUGAAGGUCAUGUACAACCAGUCCACUGCAACAACAAUCUUCCAUAGCCUACCUCUCCUCAGGUGCAUUUUUGUACGGGAGUGUAUAACAAUUGUUCAUUCUCAUAGCUCUUUUUCAGUCCUUGCCCAUGAUGCUUUGUUCCACGCCAAGACAAUGGGACUGCACACUGUUUUCACAGACCAUUCACUUUUUGGAUUUGCUGAUGUUAGCUCAGUGCUAACGAAUAAACUCUUGACGGUUUCUCUCUGCGACACCAAUCAUAUUAUCUGUGUGUCCUUUACAAGCAAGGAGAACACAGUCCUGAGAGGUGCACUCAAUCCUGAAAUCGUCUCUGUUAUUCCUAAUGCUGUUGAUCCAACUGACUUCACUCCUGAUCCAUCCAGGCGGGAAGAUGGGAAAAUAACUAUUGUAGUGAUUAGCCGACUUGUGUACAGAAAAGGCAUAGAUUUACUUGCUGGGAUAAUUCCAAAACUUUGCCUAAAACACCCAGAUUUGAAUUUUAUAAUUGGUGGAGAAGGACCUAAACGCCUUGUGAUUGAAGAAGUCAGAGAAAAAUACCAACUUCACGAACGAGUUCGUCUUUUAGGAGCCUUAGAGCACAGAGAAGUGAGAAAUGUUUUGGUGCAGGGCCACAUAUUCCUCAAUACGUCCCUCACAGAGGCUUUUUGCAUGGCAAUUGUGGAAGGCGCAAGCUGUGGAUUGCAGGUUGUUAGUACAAAAGUGGGUGGCAUCCCAGAGGUGCUUCCUGAAGACCUCAUUAUCCUUUGUGAACCCACGGUUAAAUCCUUGUGUGAAGGUCUAGAGAUGGUGAUUGCCAAGCAAAGGGCAGGAAAUCUUCUGUCACCUGCUGCCAUUCACAACAGAGUGAAGACACUGUACACUUGGAGGAAUGUAGCCAAGAGAACAGAAAAGGUUUAUGACAGAGUUGCUGAAGAAGUUGUCCUCACUAUUGAUGAAAGACUUCACAGACUAAUGUUCAGCUGUGGUCCUGUUGCUGGAUGCAUUUUUGCAUUUCUUGCAGUGCUGGAUUUUCUGCUCUUGUUACUUUUGAAAUGGCUUGUGCCAGAGUCCAAUAUGGACAGAGCUGUAGAUGCCACAGGUCCUUACGGGUUAUGGAGACAAUGGAGCUUGCCAAGAGCAAGUCCAAAUGGUGAACAAAAAUCAAACUGCCACUUAAGUCACUCCUCAGUUGAAUUGUUAAAUGAUGCCAAUUGCUGAUUAUAGUAUAAACACUGUGUUAAACAAUUUCAGCUUAGCUUUUUUUAAUACUGUAAAAUGAGUUGUGUGUGUGUGUGAUUUUCUUUUUCUCCUUUUUUUUUAAUGUAGCCCUCUAUAUACUGUAAAGUAUUUGGAAUAUGUAUAAACAGAUGCAAAUCUAAAUUA